CAGAAGCCCCAAAUUUGAAAUCGGAAAUCCUCAGUCCUCUUCCUUUCCUCCUUCGCACUUCCCCCUCCCGAUUUGACGACGAAGGGCUUCUCGACUCCCGCCAUGAUCGAUGGCUGUUGACCUUGGGAGCAGCUCCGCGAUCGAGGACCCCUUCGCAGACUUCUCCCUUCUUUCCCUCCUCCCACGAACUCUAGGAGGCAAGCUCCGUGCCGACCCACCUCCCUUGGACGCGCACGAAACGGAGGUCAUCAAAGCUCUUCUUGAUUCCGUGGUUGGCUCCAAGGAGGUCCUGGAGCAGGCGCAUGCUAUCAACAAUAGUUGUCAAAACGUUGUAAAUUCAUCCCAAGACGGAAACAAGACGAUUCCUGCAGAUGUUAAGAAUCGGCUUGUUUCGCGAAGGCCCGCGUUGGGCCGUAAACGUGCUCAAUUUUCCUUGAAGCCCAUAUCAAGCAACCCUGUUCCAGAUGUUGACUUUAAUUCUCAAAUUGAUCAUUUAGAUGAUCCGGAGGAGUUCUUCUUCGCCUUUGAGCAACUUGAGAAUGCGGGCAAAGAGCUAAAGAAACUAAGGGGUGAGGCUGUUACUGAACCUGCAAAGAAUCAGCAGGUCACUGGUCGCAAACGUCGUCUUGGAAUUCUAGGGAAGACGGUUAGUUAUAAGCAUCACUUCUCUGCUACAGUUGAUACUGCUGAAGCAUUUAGUGUAUCACAGGAAGUUCUUGAUCAGAGAAAUGCCACUCCAUACAAGGCUUCAAUUAAAAUCAAGCCAACUGCAAAUCUGCAUCCUACUUCAUUUGAUGAACCUUGCAAUUUACAUUCCACGGACACAAAUAACAUACACCUUUUAGCUACCGAACGAGAAGAUUCUGUAGCUGAUGAGAACAAUGCAAACAAUAUUCUGGAAAAGCUGUUGUUUUCAUUCAGAGAUUUGGAUGAAGGUGAAGGGACAGCUUUUCUGAGGGAGAGCUUGCAGAUUAAGUCAAUUGAGAUAGGAAAAAUACAUCUUCCUGAGUUGCAUUCCAUCCGGAGAAAUGAUUUUAGGACAUUGGAAAAUAGAGUAGCAAAAGAGAAAUCAGAAGCUCACCAACUUCUGCCAACUUCAGCAACCCUAUCAAGAAGUCCGCUUGCAGAUACGUCAUACUUGCAAAGGCAUAUGUCACUUAUUGAUCAACAAGGAAAUCCAUACAUGUUCCCUCCGAGUGCUGAUGCACCAUAUUCAACUUCACAAACUCCAGCACGAAGUCCACUUGCAGCGAUUACAAAUUUUCAAUGGCGUAUUUCAGUUGAUGAACCACUAGAAGAUCCAUACAUGAUUCCUCCAAGUGAUGAUGCACCGUAUUCCGGUGACUCUUGUCCAACUAGCUGCUGGCAGAAAAAGUCUCUUUCACCUCCUGCUAAUAUCAGUUAUCCGAAUCGGAAUGGUUUGCUUGUUAGAGAUGCUUUAGAUUCUGUGAGGUCGGAUGAUGGAAUAUUGAAUUUGGUUGAUAAAUUGCAGAUUUCAGAUGCCAAAGCAGAUAAAACCAUUGAUGAUAAGAUUGCAACAGAGGAAGAUGUAAUAGAACAUGUGCAUUGUUCACCUGAAAGUACAAUAGAACAUAGGGACCAUUUAAUGACUGAUGACCUGAGCAAUUUUGAUGGGUUCAAUGAGCAAAUGGAGGAAGGCAAUCGUGUCCAACUUGAUCCAUUGUAUGAACGUCCUGAUCAUGAUGUUGAGGAUCCAGCUUCUGUUUGCUCCAAUCAAUGUAGUAGAGAUGGACCAGAUAGCAAACGUGAAAGUACAGCUGACAGUCAUAUUAUAUCUGAAAGUGAUACCGUUGUUGAUAAAUGUGAUGCUGAUGACAAUUUGCAAAAUCAGGUAAAUGUUGGAGCACCAGGUGUACUGGUGGUUGAUGCCGAGGCACCCAGAGUGCUUCCCCACUCUACAGCUUAUCCUGACGUUGAUGAUCCGACUUCUGGUUGCUCCAAUCAAUGUAGUAGAGAUGGAUCAGAUAGCAAACAUGAAAGUACAGCUGAAGGUCAUAUUAUAUCUGAAAGUGAUACAAUUGUCGAUAAAUGUGAUGCCGAUGACAAUUUGCAAAAUCAGGUAAAUGUUGGAGCACCAGGUGUACUGGUGGUUGAUGCCGAGGCACCCAGAGUGCUUCCCCACUCUACAGCUUAUCCUGUCGUUGAUGAUCCGACUUCUGGUUGCUCCAAUCAAUGUAGUAGAGAUGGAUCAGAUAGCAAACAUGAAAGUACAGCUGAAGGUCAUAUUAUAUCUGAAAGUGAUACAAUUGUCGAUAAAUGUGAUGCCGAUGACAAUUUGCAAAAUCAGGUAAAUGUUGGAUCACCAGAUGUACUGGUGGUUGAUGCAGAGGCACCCAGAGUGCUUGCCCACUCUACAGCUUAUCCUGACGUUGAUGAUCUGACAUUUGGUUGCUCCAAUCAGAUUAGUAGAUAUGGAUCAGAUAACAAACUUGAAAGUACAACCGAAUGUCAUAUUGUAUCUGAAAAUGAUACCAUUGUUGAUAAAUGUGGUGCUGAUGACAAUUUGCAAAAUCAGGUAAGGGUAGGAGCUCCAGAUGUAAUGGUGGUUGAUGCAGAGGCAUCAAGAGUCCUUCCUGUGAAUGAGCAAUCUAAAGAUGUACACACAUUAGCAGGAGGGAAUAUGGAGGCACAAAGUUGUCAUACAACUUCUGGAUUAUCCCAAAACAUUGAAAAGAAACAAAAAGCUUUGCCAAGCAGAAAAGACAAGCAAAAAUUGGUUUCAAGAAGGCAGAGCCUUGCAGAUGCUGGUAUGAUAUGGAAUUCUGGUGUAAGGAGAAGCACAAGAAUUAAGUCAAGACCUUUAGAGUAUUGGCGUGGGGAGAGAUUUUUAUAUGGACGCAUUCAUGAUAGCCUGGCAACAGUUAUUGGAGUGAAGCGCUCAUCCCCAGGUAACAAUGGUAAGCUGAAGGUGACAUCGUUCGUGUCCGAGGAAUAUGCGGAUCUUGUUGCCCAAGCAGCACAACUUUGAUAUCCCGGACCUCUUCAUUCAUUCAUUCAUGUCUACCGUUGCUGGCUUCACUUGUGCCCAUCGUCUGUGAUGUUACCAUCCAUCCAAUUCUACAGUUGGAUGUUAUAUGAUGCUUCUUCAAGUGGUGGCAGGAAGCCUGUGUCAUAGUAGUAAUAGCCUCGGGUUGGAACUUUGGCUUACGAAGGGUCGCCCGACUACUUUGUUUGUCUUUGUAAAAACAUGAAAGGCUCACUUUUUAUCCUUUCUCUUAUAUUAGAGCGACUCGACAGACUUUUGACCUAUUCACAUUAAUUAUAUGUUUAUGUUCUGAUGUUUAAA